AUGUUAUCAUAAAAAACUCUUUAAUUGUUAAGAAAAUACUUAGAUGGGUAUUUGAAACUUGAAAAUGAAAUCGAGAAUAAGCGAGAAUAAUUAGCCCAUAAUCUUUAUUUUGAACCUUACACAAUUUUUUGCAGAUUAGAUUAUAAAAAGUAUUAUAAUAGCUGAUUAUUAGAAUCCUUCAUAUAGAUAUUAAUGAUUUAAAAGUUUAUUUUUUAGAUAAUAAUAUAAUAGAUUGUGAGGAUGAUUUAUAAUUCAUAAUUAGAAAGAUAGACAUCGAUAAGGAUCAAUAUAUUUCAUUUAGCGAGUUAUUUUAUAAAAUAAAAAUAGGUUUUCGAGAUAUAUUUUACCUCAUAGAGAUUAAGAUUUAAAUAGUUUAGCUAAUAGUAGAUAAUCAUAUCAAUUAUUGGAUAAUAAGUUGCCAAGUUUAGUUGAGAAAUAAUUAAUAGAAGUAUUUUUAGCAGAAAUUGAACUAAACAAAAGAAUGUUAUAAUAAAUGUAAUAAUUGAAGGCCUAACCAGAUUGGGAUAAAAUAACAGCUUGGGAAUCAGUAAAUUCUGGUAGAAGAUGGGAUUAAAAAGGGUAAAAUAGAUUAUUUAUGUAAGACUAUAAUAAUACUUUGAUGAAUCUAAAAUAUAGUAUAAUUUUAAAGAUAUUGAAAAUUUUAUCUAUAGAAAUAGCAAAGAUAGGGAUUAUAGAAUAAAUUAUUCUGAUUUUUUAUAUUUGGUUUUUGCUCACGAAGAUAAUAAUGUAAAUUAUAAAUUUUUCACUCCUUAAAAAAAUUAAAAAUUGAUAUCAGAUAACAAAUCUAAUUUAUUACCAAAAACAAAUUUUAGAACUAAUGAAUCUACAAAUUUAAAGAGUGAUAAAUUUAAUAAACAUCUAUAAUCUUAAAGUCAUCAUAAUUAAAUAUAAAAUCAUUAUGAUAUUGAAGUUAGUGAAUUUAAAAUUAAUGAAUAUGAAGAUUAGAAUAUCCUAUAAUUAUUACUAAAUAAAUUAAAAAUUUAAAAUCAAUUAAAAGGACAUUUUUUAAAAUAACUAUUUCUUUAAAUAGAUGAGAAUAAGAAAGGUGAUAAUAUAUUCUAUAGAUAGGUUUUAUAACUUUAGAUGAUUUAAUGAAUUAUUUUGAGAAUAUAUUGCAUACUCCAAAGUAAAUUUAAGAACUUAUAAAAUUGGUUAAAAUAUUAGAUAAAAAUAAAGAUGGAAUUAUUUCUGAAAAAGAGUUUUGUGAACAGAUUGUGAAACAUGUUUACAUUUAAUAGUUUUGA